AUGUAUGAAUCAUUCCGCCCCCAUCCGCUUCUCGCCCAAGUCCCCUUGACGGUCUCCCCUUUCAUCAAUCUCCCGACCUCGGUUACUCUUCCCUAUACCUACAAAUCAGUGCCAUCAACUCUUCCUCCAUCUGUUACCGUUGAUCCCAGUAAUCCAGACAUCAAAGCCCGUUAUGUGGUCUCCCCAAGCGGCGAGCAUGCGGCGCGCCCCGAAGAAAUCCUCGCCUCUUGCAAGUCGCUCGAGGAGCAUCUGAACAAAACGCGAAUCGAGGCUGAGAACGCGAUCAAGAAGUGGGAAGAAGCCAUAUCGCAACGAGACCUUGCGGAAAAGCGUCGUGUCGCUCCGGGUUGGCUGGACCGAGACGAGAAAUUGCUUCAGCCUGUCCAUUCGGCACCCGUUCAAUCAAAGAAUCAGUCAAACUCAAACCACAGCUUACUGGACAGCUCAUCCGGCAACCAAAGCUCGUCCGGUUUUCCUGCCAUGGUACCUCGUGAUGAGGGAGAAGAGUUGGAUCGCGCUUUUGGGGGGUUGGAUGUGAAAUAG